AUGGAGGCUGCGCUGUUCAGCUCGUCGAUCAAGGCCGCCUCUUCGCUGAGCGCGCGCCGCCAACUACGACAGCUGCCCCGAUCGUCCAUCUGCCAGAGGUGCUUGCUACACACGACUGCUGCAAAGGGCGCCACUCCAGUGGCGCAUCCCACCGUGCCCGGUCCUCCUCCUUCGGCGCCGCAAGCUGCCGUAUCGCACUCCCAGAAUAGAGUCGCGAGGAAACAGCAGCAAGCAGAAUCGUUGCGCCACGGACAAAACAUCAAGCCAGACCCGGCAAAGCCUACCUCAGCUCUGCAGAAGCGCUUCUGGAAGAAUGUAUCAGUCAAGGAGACGGACGAGGGCUUGCAGGUAUUGCUGGAUACGCGCCCAGUGCGGACAGCAUCGCGGCAGGUCCUGACACUACCGAAGAGCAAAAGAGCGCUCGCCACCGCCAUAGCAUUGGAGUGGGAUCACCUAGUGUCUGCGCAACAAGCAUUGAAGCAGCACUACAUCCCUAUGACCUCCAUCACGUCGCGAGCCGUAGACAUCGAAGCAGCCGACCAGCAAGGCAACGCCACGAUUAGGGAAAACUUGGUGAAAAUGGUGAUGCGAUAUCUGGCUACCGACACAUUGCUAUGUUGGGCACCAGAGAAGAGCAGACACGAUCCAAUGGAGAACAUGUCAACGAGACAGAACGCGCCAGAGAAGAACCUACGGCAACGACAAAAGGAUGUCGCAGAACCCAUCCUUGCAUUCUUGACAACCCACAUAUUCCCCGGCAUCAACAUUGUCGAAGUGCUCAGCGAAGACAGCAUCAUUCCCAAGUCGCAGCCGGAGAUGACUACCGAAGUCGUUCGAGGCUGGGUUAGCGGUCUUGCACCAUACGACCUUGCCGCACUAGAAAGAGCCGUGUUGGCGACGAAGAGCUUACUGAUCGCGGUGCGCCUGCUGGUCGAAUGGAGUCAGGAAUGGAGACAUCUUCAGAAAGGACCUGGAAUGGAUACAGCUAGAUUCGGAAUAGAGCAAGCUGAAGUGGCAGCCACAUUAGAGACAGUGCACCAGACCGAGCAGUGGGGCGAGGUUGAGGAUACCCAUGAUGUGAACAAAGAGGAUUUGCGCCGACAGCUGGGCAGUGCAAUUCUGCUUGUAAGUUAG